AUGCACACUCUAGCUGCCGGCCAUGGCCGACUGGCGUCAAAAACAGCAGGGAGUUUUUAUUUGGCGCUUUAUCACUGGUCCCGAGUAGGAUGUGUGAGCUCAAAAGGAGGUCAAACACGAUCGAAACAUAGUGAUGCGAACGAAAAACCAUGUCCACAUCGAACAGCUCCCUCCUCGGUCAAUGGCAAUAGCCUUCGGGGCAUUAUGCGCUGUCUUCCUCAUUCUGUAGUUAUCUUGACAUCUACGAGUCUUAAAGCGCGCAAGGAUAUCGAAGACCUCUUACAUGGAGCAAAGGAGACGCUUAGUAGUCUGGAGAACGAAGAGCUAGGAGCUCCAGAAGACGGCUCGGAGACUCUUGGGACUCUCCAGGAUGGGUUCUCAAUAGAGUGGUACCGCAAAUCAAUAGGAGCACUGGAACGGAAACUUGCAAAAACGUCUCCAAAAUAUCCCGAAGAUUACCGAGGGAUGACUCUGUCAUCUUUCACUUCAGUCAGCCUCAAUCAUGCCCGGCCGGCAAUCUCAUUCAAUGUACGCACACCAUCAGCGACACUAGACGCUCUAUUCCACAAUGGAACAUUCUUAAUACACAUUCUCGAGGCAAAUAAAGCUGGAGCAGACCUUGCGGCCCGCUUUUCCCGCGGUGAUGGCAGCAGUGUAUCGGGCUUCGAAGGAUUGGACAUUCAUCCAUUACCUACUCAGGCGCAUCUUCCACAAAACAAUAUCAUGUUACCUAUGAUCAGAUCGCCAGCUGUCAGGCGUGUCUUACUUUGUAACAAGUAUGAUUGGAUAGAUAGCCGUGGCCACCCUCAUGCAACAAUUAGAAUAGAUGAUCAUGCUAUUGUGCACGGAAGAGUGGCACACAUAUACAAUCGUAAUGGAAUCGAAUGCAAUCCAACGGACACCCCCGAGAAGGAAGGCUGGCACGGUCUAGGUUAUGUGGAAGUAGAUCUCAAAAUCGCAUCGUCUCAAUCCAUGACACGAGUCCCUCGAUCUCCGAACAACAAAGCUCCAGACUGUACCCCAGUGGUACUCCUUUGGUUAGCUAUUAAAACCGAGAAUGCUGAGCAUCACCCCUUCGGGAAGACCAUAGGGCUCGAGUUAUUUGUUAGAUACCCAAAUCGCAUAGAAUCCAUUCUGAUUUGA